AUGGGACGCUACCCUUACUGCACAACCUGCGACGAUCUACUGGGCGACAGCACGAUCAAAUGUUAUAACUGUUACGAAGUGUUCCACCGAAAGGCUAAAUGUACUGGCAUUUCCGCUGAUGUAAGUUUGCGCUUUAUUACCUAAAUUUGUCGCCGAAAGGGCUUUGUAUUAUUUGAAGUCGUUCAACCAAAUUUCUUAUAGAACCUGAACCGAAUCGCUAAAUGGUUUUGUUACAUCUGUGACCCAUGUUUCUUUUGCCACGGGGAGGAUGAAAAAGAUGAAUCAUAUAUUUGUGAUGGAUGUAAUCGCAACUUUCAUCUCAAAUGUCUUGAUCCUCCGCUUAUCGAGCAGCCCACUAAUUUUUAUGAAAAAUGGUUUUGCAGAUAGUAAGUUUAUAUUCUAAAGAUGUCGAGUUUCAGCUGCUCUACAAAUAUCUGCAUGGGAUGUUGGUUUCCAAUGCAUUCCUUGGCUUGUGAUUACUGUUAUCAAUGCCAAUCUCGAAUUGUGUGUGCAGGUUGCAACGAACCUUAUGAAGAAUGUGACAAGAAAGUGAGGUGUUCUUGGUGUUCAUUCGAUUAUCACGUGUUGUGCGAAGACCUAAGUGGACCUGAUGGAAAGUGUCAACAGUGCAAGAACGAGCCUCAAGAUGGUUAUGUUAGUAAGCUAAUUAUACUGAAAAUGGAUUUUUUUACGUUUUUUUAAAUUUUGCUUUUUAGGAGCAAACGCGUAUGUUCUUUAUGAAGGUCUCCAAGUAAGGAAGUUCCAAGAACGGCUGUUCUUUGAGAGGAACCAGAUAAAAAAGAAAUUCGCUUUGAAGCGGAUUCCGAAAUCUCGGUACGACAGGAGGAAUUACUCUUUACAUAGGUAAUAUUUUAAGUAAUUUUUUUUAUGAUGAGAUUGUCUUGACAGCUGUGUUUCAGACUGAAGAUGCUGCAAGUCUCAACGAUUCCUGAAGAUAUUCUGGAAAAGCUUUGUCAAGCAGAGUCUUUUUUUGGGAAAGAGCUGCUUUACAACAACCGGGAUGAAACCGAGGAUCACUUGAAAUAUUUCGAAAAACAUGAGAAAAAAGAAAGUUCCCUUGAGAAGGUGGAAGAUCGGAGUGUUUUGGGAUUAGUAUUCGAGAAUGAGUUGAGAAAUCAACUGGCUACUGAAUUCACGGACGUCGAUGAGGCUUGCCGUGGCUUAAUUUCUUCGCCGAUAGAUUGGAUGGCUACCUUAAAAUAUAAACCACCUAGUCCUAGUAUUUGGCGAGUGUUGGCAAAGGAAGAAAAUUUCGUAAGGUCUUAAUCAUUUAAAACACGAUUUUUGAGUCAGGGCACCAGCGGUGGUCUUAGGAAAAAAUCGAUUUUGAUAUUUUUGGCUUAAAAUAGUCGGUAGCACUUGUGGAAGAAAAGCUAAAAAUAUUUUUGCCCAAUUUUGCCCGGAAGGCAUAUUUUUUUACAAAAUACGUUUUUACACUUCAAAGCCUCUGGAGGCCGAUGUGAUCCGACCACAGAGCUCAAACCUGGCAUACAGGGGUUUUUGACACCCAGGAAUCUGAAAAUCGUAGCAUUUUUACCGUCAGAUUACUGUAACAUGGUCAUACUGUAAUCCGGUCGAUAAAAAUCGACGAUAACUUCUUUAGAUCAAAAAUGCCACAGGAUUUUAUUGCAGAUUCGGAAUCAGCAUAAAAUUCUGCUUCGGAUGCAUGUAAAAUAUGUUCAAAAUUCCGUGGCCCAACCUCUGUAGUAUAGUGGUUGUGCGCCAGGAUUAUCAAUCUGGCGACCCAGGUUCGAUUCCCGGUGGCUGCAAAUGGCAGAAAAUGGACUAUAAAAGGGCGGAAACUUGGAAAAAAGGGAAAAUAAAUUACAGAAAAUUAAUUUUAUGCUACUUAGGAGCAGUUUAAAAGUUUUUGCAAGAAUUCCGCAUAAAUUACGGUUUUUAUGGAAAACGCCUCACAGCAUUCGUAAGAUCGCACCAAAUGGCAACUAAAGAGUUGUGGUGAAUCUAGAUAACGCUUGCUAUGCAAUAUUCUUCAAAUCCGUCGAGGAAUGUAAUACAAAACAAAAUAAAACAAUUAUUUGGUUUUCAGAAGGAAGCACGCAUGUUACAGUCCCGUAAUUUAGCCCCUGUUCCUUAUCAACUGAGUCUUCAUUUAGAUUUAUCAUAAGAGCGUCCACGCGCUCCGUUUUUCGUGGGAUACGCAAGACGGCCUAAGUUUUGCAAGCUGUGUGAUCCCGGUGCUGUUAGGGAAUCUUAUAUGACUUUUUGUGAAUCUUAUAUGACUUUUUGGUCAAAUAGUGUUCCGUUCGAUAAACCUCGGCCGCAGCUCGCCUUCUUAAAAUCCCGAAUUUGAAAGAAAAUCCAGGCUAUCCCAAAAAUUUAACGAAAUAAGCAGAAAUGGACUUAUUUUGUAGUAGGAAGCCACAGUAACCUCUUCUGUAAAUUUUAACCAGAUUGCUCCACUUUCCGGCAAGCUAUAAGGCGUUUUCAAUAAAAACCGUAAUUUAUGCGGAAUUCUUGCAAAAACUUUUAAACUGCUCCUAAGUAGCAUAAAAUUAAUUUUCUGUAAUUUAUUUUCCCUUUUUUCCAAGUUUCCGCCCUUUUAUAGUCCAUUUUCUGCCAUUUGCAGCCACCGGGAAUCGAACCUGGGUCGCCAGAUUGAUAAUCCUGGCGCACAACCACUAUACUACAGAGGUUGGGCCACGGAAUUUUGAACAUAUUUUACAUGUAUCCGAAGCAGAAUUUUAUGCUGAUUCCGAAUCUGCAAUAAAAUCCUGUGGCAUUUUUGAUCUAAAGAAGUUAUCGUCGAUUUUUAUCGACCGGAUUACAGUAUGACCAUGUUACAGUAAUCUGACGGUAAAAAUGCUACGAUUUUCAGAUUCCUGGGUGUCAAAAACCCCUGUAUGCCAGGUUUGAGCUCUGUGGUCGGAUCACAUCGGCCUCCAGAGGCUUUGAAGUGUAAAAACGUAUUUUGUAAAAAAAUAUGCCUUCCGGGCAAAAUUGGGCAAAAAUAUUUUUAGCUUUUCUUCCACAAGUGCUACCGACUAUUUUAAGCCAAAAAUCUCAAAAUCGAUUUUUUCCUAAGACCGGGCCCCACUACUGGCUGACGCAGUGACUCAAAAAUCGUGUUUUAAACAUUAUAAUGCUCCGUUAUAGAAUCCAGAACUAGUACGUCCUCGUCCGCAGCGCCGAUUCCAACAGAUGAUCAACCACAGUCCUCGGUAUCCUUUCCGUCAUCAGAGAAUUUGGGCUCGUUCUUAUGAUUAA